GGGAUGGAGGCGGUUGCUGGAAGACUGUCCUUUGGCCAUGUCACAGAAUGGACACCUUGACGACCCCAGUGAGUACUUCUCAGCUGCAACUCAGGGAUACUUCAAGAAUGAAGUGGAUGAUACCCUUGAAGUCCGGGAAGACAGCCUGGGGGAUGAGGCCUUCGACACUGUCAACUCCUCCAUUGUGUCUGGCGAGAGCAUCCGGUUUUUUGUCAACGUCAACCUUGAUGUGCAGCCCUCCAAAUCUGACAUUGAAGCAGCAACUGGUGGCUGUGUGCUCCUCCACACCUCCCGCAAGUAUCUGAAGUUAAAGAACUUCGAGGAAGAGGUCCGUGCACACCGGGACCUAGACGGCUUCCUGGCCCAGGCCAGCAUCAUCCUGAACGAGACAGCUACCUCGCUGGAUGACGUGCUUCGGACUAUGCUGAGCCGCUUCGCCCAGGACCCCAACCAUGCAGAACCCGACUGUGACCUGGACCUGCUCAUGGCCAAGCUCUUUACAGAUGCUGGGGCCCCCACGGAGAGCAAAGUCCACCUGCUCUCGGAUACCAUCCAGGGAGUCACCGCCACCGUCCGAGGGGUGCAGUACCAGCAGUCAUGGCUCUGCAUCGUCUGUACCUUGAAGGCCCUACAGAAGCGGCACGUGUGCAUCAGCCGCCUGGUUCGACCCCAGAACUGGGGGGAGAACUCCUGUGAGGUCCGCUUUGUCAUCCUGGUGCUGGCCCCGCCCAAGAUGAAAAGCACCAAGACUGCCAUGGAGGUGGCACGCACAUUUGCCACCAUGUUCUCAGACAUCACCUUCCGCCAGAAGCUCCUGACGACACGCACGGAAGAGGAAUUCAAGGAGGAGUUGGUGCAUCAGAGACAGCUGCUCACCAUGACGAUGCCAAGAGCGACGGGACACAGCAUGAGCUCCCUCCACACUCACAAACACCCUCAGCCUCCGAAGUGCAAGGACUUCUUCCCUUUUGGAAAGGGUAUCUGGGCGGACAUCACGCACCGGUUCCCUGUGUACCCGCUGGACUUCACCGAUGGCAUCAUCGGGAAAGGCAAGACUGUGGGCAAAUAUGUCACCACCACGCUCUUCCUCUACUUCGCCUGCCUCCUGCCGACGAUUGCUUUCGGAUCCCUCAAUGAUGAGAACACAAACGGAGCCAUCGAUGUGCAGAAGACCAUAGCUGGGCAGAGCAUCGGAGGCCUCUUGUAUGCACUCUUCUCUGGGCAGCCGCUGGUGAUCCUGCUGACGACCGCACCCCUGGCCAUCUACAUCCAGGUGAUCCGAGUCAUCUGUGAUGACUACAACCUUGACUUCAAUGCCUUCUAUGCAUGGACGGGCCUGUGGAACAGUUUCUUCCUCGCGCUGUACGCCUUCCUCAACCUCAGCCUGCUUAUGAGUCUCUUUAAGAGGUCAACAGAAGAAAUCAUUGCCUUCUUCAUUUCCAUCACGUUUGUGCUGGAUGCUGUCAAGGGCAUGGCCAAAAUCUUCUGGAAGUACUACCAUGGUCACCACUACCACACAAAAAAGACUUCAUCCUUGGCCAGCUUGUUGAGCGUUGGCAGAAGCCCCAACACCAGCCUUCACUCUGGGCUCAACACCAGCCUCCUGCCCAGCCCCAUUGAGAUGGCCACAGCUAGCAGCCCCAGCAGCACACACUCGGGCCAGGCUACGGCCGUGCUCAGUCUCCUUAUCAUGCUGGGCACACUCUGGCUGGGCUACACCCUCUACCAGUUCAAGAAAAGCCCCUACCUGCACCCGUGGGUCCGUGAGACCCUGUCUGACUGUGCCCUGCCCAUCGCGGUGCUCUCCUUCUCCCUCAUCGGCUCCUAUGGCUUCCAGGAAAUUGAGAUGAGCAAGUUCAGAUACAACCCCAGCGAGAGCCUCUUUGAGAUGGCACAGAUCCGCUCUCUGUCCUUCAAGGCCAUUGGCGGCACCAUGGGUCUCGGUUUCCUGCUCUCCUUGCUUUUCUUCAUUGAGCAGAACCUGGUGGCUGCCCUGGUCAAUGCUCCAGAGAACAGGCUGGUGAAGGGCACUGCCUAUCACUGGGACCUCCUGCUCCUGGCCAUCAUCAAUACGGGGCUGUCUCUAUUCGGGCUACCCUGGAUCCACGCCGCCUACCCCCACUCCCCGCUGCAUGUGCGGGCACUGGCCUUAGUGGAGGAACGUGUGGAGAACGGACACAUUUAUGAAACGAUUGUGAAUGUUAAGGAGACCCGGCUGACCGCGCUGGGCGCCAGUGUCCUGGUAGGGCUCUCUCUCCUGCUGCUGCCCUUCCCACUGCAGUGGAUCCCCAAGCCCGUGCUUUAUGGGCUCUUCCUCUACAUCGCGCUCACCUCCCUGGAUGGCAACCAGCUCUUCUCGCGAGUGGCCCUGCUGCUCAAGGAGCAGACAUCCUACCCACCCACCCACUACGUCCGGAGAGUGCCCCAGAGGAAGAUCCACUACUUCACAGGCCUGCAGAUCCUGCAGCUGCUGCUGCUCUGUGCCUUUGGCAUGAGCUCCCUGUCCUACAUGAAGAUGGUCUUUCCUGUCAUCAUGAUUGCCAUGAUUCCCAUCCGGUACAAUCUCUUACCCCGAAUCAUUGAAGCAAAGUAUUUGGAUGUCAUGGAUGCUGAGCACAGACCCUGACAUGUGCCCCCCUCCCCCAUGCCUUCAGGCCUGUUCUGUGACAUUGUAAGGGGAGGUAUGAACUGGCUCAGACCCAGCCCCAUUGCCGCUUAAAGUCCCCGGGGCAUUGUGGUUUUCAGUGGUGUGUGCUCACCCCUCACCCCAUUAACCUUUAGUUUGGGGUCCAGGGACAUUGCCAGCACGGGGCUAAGAAGUGUAGAUUUUCUUUUGAUAAAAGAGUUGAUGCCCAGGAGCGAGCCCAUUUUCCUUGAUUGUGUAAGGAAUUCACUGUGCACCAUUA